AUGCUCGCGAUCGCGAUUGUUCUCAACUGUAUAAUUUAUGUUUCUGCUUGCGGCAGCAGAGUAGAACAAAUAGAAACUUCUGAUGAUGACAAGAAAUAUUUAUGGAAUAUGAGCCAAUGGGACAUAUGGAAACCGGAGGACGAUGAAAAGAGUAUGGACGAGUAUAUUGCGAUGUAUAAGAAUUUGACUGAACAGGCAAACAGCUGGGACGAAUUUGAUGUUAAUAGGGACCCCGGGUUACCGCCACCCUGGAGAGAAUACGAUGAAGGUAUAAUAGGGGUACCACCACCGCCGUGGGCCUACGUAUCAAACGCUUACGGUCGACCUAAUUUUUGCUUCGUAUUUCCUGCUAGAGGGAACUGUAAUCAGACCAUCAUUAGAUGGGCAUUCAAUCCUUCAACACAGAAAUGCCAUCAGUUUAGGUACAGCGGUUGUGGGGCGAAUGAGAACAAUUUCAAAACUAAACCCAGUUGCAUCCGCGCAUGUAAGAGUGUGCCUUCUUCACCUUGCGAGACCGAAGGAAACAUGGAUUUUGUCGAUAUGUUGUUUGGAUAUUAUCCAGAUGAACGAAUUAAGAAUUCCGGUAACAUAUCGAUAGGUUAA